GCAUAUUCUCAAACCUCAUACCAUCAGCAAUACACGUGCAUCCUCGCUAUCGACAUCAUUCCGCCGACUGAUGGUCAACUAUGUAUGUUGCUAGCUUCACGUGGGCAGCAUUGCGCACUGGUAGCCCUACCUCGCCUAGUGCUUGUACUUGCGUACGUCGAACGUGCUUUUCUUAUUUCACUAAAAUCGGGCCUAGGUGCUCCGGAACGCCUCUGGACGUCCAACAAGACACGCCCACGUCUUGCUAUCAGGCCGGAUCUCAAGGCUGCGUCUGGGGACGCGGCCAAGAAGAGCACAUGCACUGAUCAUGAAUUGAUGCGUUUGUAAUUAGUGCGAGGCUGUGCUCAGGGUUUGGGCCCGCAAAGCUUUGAGAAGUGAUUGCAACAGCGCCGGCGCCAUCUAAUAAUUAAAAAUCCAGUCGCUGUGCUCAACUACUCACAAACGUAUUCGCUGCGAUCCGAGCAACGGCAAGCUUGCAUGUGCAAAGGACUUUGCUUAUCCGCACGGCAGUAUACGAUCUGCAGCAAUUAAUACUACGUGCGUAGACUAAUUAGCGCGGUGUACUCCGUAUUAUCGAAAAUGCUGGAAAGGCAGGCCGCAGACCUUCCAGGCUUCCAUGUGCCCUUCUGGAACUGGAAGAGGA